AUGUCUGCAGUUCAUGGGAAUAUGCGCGUCGGGGAGGCGAACCAAUUCCAGAUGUAUCAUGAAGGGCCUCUGCACAGGAACAACGCUAUGAAUCCAGAAUGUGUCGUUUCCUCAGACGGUGGAAACUAUUUCAACCCUGCAAAUCCGGUUCCGAGAGCGGACAAAUGCGUGGCGAUGCUGACCCACAGGAGAAAGCGGACCAAUUUUACCCAGCAGCAAAUCAAGGUGCUGGAGAAAGUUUACAACGACACUAAAUAUCCUGAUAUCUUCUUACGGGAGAGACUGGAGGCUCUAACUGGGCUCCCGGAGUCCAGAAUUCAGGUGUGGUUUCAGAACAGAAGGGCCAAGUCUCGGCGCCAGGUUAGUUCAUCCGCGUCCACGAAGGUCACCAACACGCCAGCAGCGGGUCCCUUUAUGCACGUCCAGAACAGGAUGGCUUCUGAGAAAGUUUGUGACAACCUUCACGGUGCUGAGGUACAUCAGAUGGGAGCUUUUGGACUAGAGGACAGUUUCAGGCCUACUGUGCACCACACCACCGAGGACACCCACAGGACCAGUCUUCUAAGCAAACCCAGCAGCUACGACCAAACUUCUACCUCCUGCAUCUACAACAAGGAGGGCACCAGAAUGAAUCCAGAGCAGAUGCAGCGGCACAAGCAGAGCGCUGGCGCCUCUAGCUGCAGCGUCCAUCUCUAUUCCAAGAGUGAGUGCCACACAAACAUGGACAUUAACAUGGCAGGCAGUCAGGGCCCAAAGGUUCUGGUGGAGUAUGACAACUUCCCACCAAACAAAACCAUCGGUCCAGAGAUGAAGGUUGUGAUUCCUCCCAUUCCAACCCAGAAUAGCUUCAGCGUGUCAUCAUCUAAGGAUAACAGAUGCCAAAUGCAGUAUCCACAAGUGAGGGCCAGCGGGGACAGGUUUGAUCACUUUUCCCAGAUCCACACCACGGAGGCACAGGACCUCUCUGACUCUGAUUCUGACUGGGAAAACGAGGCAAUGGCUGGCUUUGGUAGCUUUAUGUGA